GGCGGGUGAUUGUGAACAGGAUAUGGUGAGCUUUUCAGUUUCGGGGCUGGGGGGGGCACAGUGCUAUUCUGCAUACUCCCCGGAAUAAAAGGAGAUUCAAACCCUUCUAUUCUGGCAGUGGGGGCACGACAUCUUUCAGCUUUCUUCCAGGAGCGACUCUCACAGGGGAGCCGAUUUCUUCUCGGAUCUGACCACCACAGCCCUCAGUAAUUAUAGCAGCGUCUGAAUUCUGAGCUAAAAACAGAAGUGCAGCAUGUGCCUAUUCCCCAUGUGAUUCAGAAAGCAGGAAAUUGAAAGAGCCUGACUGAGAGGAGAGGGAGCGCAAAGCAAUAGACACAUCCAAUAUUUGUCUGAAACCUGCUACGCCUGGGACGCAGGAGCUGUCAUCUGCCGGCGCUGAUUCUGCGUGCAGCCUCAGCCCAGCCUGAUUGGGCGUAGUGGGACCGAAGGCGAGCGGGGAGAGGCGGCGGGGACAGAGUUGGGCUCGCCGCACCGAGAUGUAAACAGAGCGGAGCGGGAGGGAGCGCAGCGCCUUCAUGCUCCGAGGAGCCGGCAGCUGGCUCCGGGCUGCCCCGGCUCCGGCAGGGACCUCGCUGUGUCCGGCUCGAUGAACAAAACCAGGCACUUCGGAGUAUCUCCUGCCUGUGGAUAUAAAUAGGGGGCAAUCGGGAUGCGCUAGCUUUCUCCGCCGGCGCCGCAGCUCCUUCGUGCUCCGCGCCGCGGCUGGGACAGGGCGAUGGACAUGAACAUGAAGAAGUUCACAGUGCGCCGCUUCUUCUCCGUCUAUCUCCGCAAGAAGUCUCGGUCAAAGAGCUCGAGCCUGAGUAGAUUUGAGGAAGAAGGUAUUGUGAAGGAAAUAGACAUCAGUCAUCAUGUCAAGGAAGGUUUUGAAAAAGCAGAUCCUUCUCAGUUUGAGCUGUUGAAAGUAUUAGGACAAGGUUCAUACGGAAAGGUAUUUCUAGUCAGGAAGAUAAAAGGAUCUGAUGCAGGCCAGCUUUAUGCCAUGAAGGUACUUAAGAAGGCAACUCUAAAAGUUCGGGAUCGGGUACGGUCUAAAAUGGAGAGAGAUAUUUUGGCAGAAGUGAACCAUCCUUUCAUAGUCAAGCUUCAUUAUGCAUUUCAAACAGAGGGGAAGUUGUACCUAAUACUAGAUUUCCUGCGGGGAGGGGACCUUUUCACCAGACUCUCCAAAGAGGUGAUGUUUACAGAAGAGGAUGUCAAGUUCUACUUAGCUGAGCUGGCCUUGGCAUUAGACCACCUCCAUGGUCUUGGAAUUAUUUACAGGGAUCUAAAACCAGAAAACAUUCUUCUUGAUGAAGAGGGUCACAUUAAGAUAACAGAUUUUGGUCUGAGCAAAGAGGCCAUCGACCACGACAAGAGAGCGUACUCGUUCUGCGGCACGAUAGAGUACAUGGCCCCCGAGGUGGUCAACCGGCGCGGGCACACGCAGAGUGCCGACUGGUGGUCCUUUGGAGUGCUCAUGUUUGAGAUGCUGACGGGAUCAUUACCCUUCCAGGGAAAAGACAGAAAGGAGACCAUGGCGCUCAUUCUCAAAGCCAAGCUGGGAAUGCCACAGUUUUUGAGCAUAGAAGCCCAGAGCCUGCUGCGUGCCCUCUUCAAAAGGAACCCCUCCAACAGAUUAGGUGCUGGAUUUGAUGGAGUGGAAGAAAUUAAGCGUCACCCUUUCUUUGUUACUAUAGACUGGAAUAAACUGUACAGGAAAGAAAUCAAGCCGCCUUUCAAGCCCGCAGUGGGGCGGCCAGAAGACACCUUUCAUUUUGAUCCAGAGUUCACAUCUCGGACCCCUACAGAUUCCCCAGGUGUUCCUCCAAGUGCCAAUGCUCAUCAUCUCUUCAGAGGGUUCAGCUUUGUUGCCUCUAACUUGAUGCAGGAGCCUGCACAGCAAGAUGUGCACAAAAUCACUGUUCACCCAAUUGUGCAGCAGUUACAUGGGAACAACAUUCACUUCACUGAUGGAUACGAGAUCAAGGAGGACAUAGGAGUUGGCUCCUAUUCAGUGUGCAAGAGGUGUGUUCAUAAAGCUACAGAAACAGAGUUUGCAGUGAAGAUAAUUGAUAAGAGCAAGAGAGACCCUUCUGAAGAAAUUGAGAUACUCUUGCGAUAUGGACAGCAUCCAAACAUCAUUACUCUUAAAGAUGUCUAUGAUGAUGGGAAGUUCGUGUACCUGGUGAUGGAGCUGAUGCGGGGAGGCGAGCUGCUGGACCGCAUCCUUCGGCAGAAGUGCUUCUCUGAGCGGGAGGCCAGCGCUGUGCUGUGCACCAUCACCAGGACUGUGGACUACCUACACUCUCAGGGUGUCGUGCACCGAGAUCUCAAGCCAAGUAAUAUCCUCUACAUGGAUGAGUCAGGAAACCCAGACUCUAUCAGGAUCUGUGACUUUGGGUUUGCCAAGCAGCUCAGAGCGGAGAAUGGGCUGCUCAUGACUCCCUGCUACACAGCCAACUUUGUCGCUCCUGAGGUCCUUAAACGCCAAGGGUAUGAUGCAGCCUGCGACAUCUGGAGCUUGGGGAUCCUGCUGUACACCAUGCUGGCAGGAUUCACUCCUUUUGCAAAUGGACCAGAUGACACCCCAGAGGAGAUUCUGGCCAGGAUUGGCAGUGGCAAAUAUGCUCUUACAGGAGGAAACUGGGAUUCAGUAUCUGAUACUGCAAAGGACAUUGUGUCUAAGAUGCUUCAUGUAGACCCUCAUCAGCGCCUCACAGCAGUCCAAGUCCUGAGACACCCAUGGAUAGUGAACAGGGAGUACCUGUCUCAAAACCAACUCAGCAGACAGGAUGUUCACCUGGUUAAGGGUGCAAUGGCAGCCACUUACUUUGCUUUAAACCGCGCACCUCAGGCACCAAGGCUGGAGCCCGUAUUGUCCUCCAACCUGGCUCAGCGGCGAGGCAUGAAAAGACUUACCUCUACCAGAUUGUAGCAGUGCCCCCAAAAGGCCUCCUUGGAAUCCCUCAGUUUAUUAUUUGAGAAAUUCAUCUUUACUUGGCUAGCAGAACCUUUUUGGAUAACCUGCACAUGAAAUUGCCAGAACUAGCAGAAGCCCACGUAAGGCAAAGUUCUCAUUUGCUACAUCUUUUCUUUUACAUUCCAGCCAGGGUCCUGAGUUUAACAACUUCACAAAGAUGUGCCAGUUCUGCCAGUAGCUCUUUUUCUUUACUGAGAUAAAGCCAAAUAAAAUAGGCAAGCUCCAUCCUUUCCACCCUAGAAAAACUAUUUUUGAGUCUGUAAGAUGUUCCAUGGGAACAGUUUUCAUUUGUUUCUCAAGAAAAGCACUUUUUGCUACGAAGAACGCAGUUGGGUUAGAAUGCUGUUCCAGCAUGCAUCAUGAUGAAGUGACUUGGCACAAGUAGACAUCUACUGAUCUCCAUUCACCCCAGGAAGAGUGAAGGCUCCAGAGACACAUGAGUAAUACCUUACUUGAAACAAGUGCUUAACAACAUGAGGUAGAGAGACCUGGUGGUGGUGGAAAUACCUUCUGUUAUUGAAGAAUCUUUUGCACUUUGCCCCUGCCUUCUCUGGAAUGAAGCUAGCACCUCUCAAGGAGAGUGUGCCACCAGCUCUGACUUGCUCAAAAGUCUCAGAGAGCAAGAAACCUCUGAGGAUCUCAGUCUUCUGAGGAAAAGAAUGGGUCUUAUGAGACUGUGGGGAGGCAUUCAUGUAGAGCAGUGUGAGUAGGAGCCGUGGAUCAGGCAGAAGAAAUGUGUCUGGUCUUGGCCAGCAAGCAGGUCUGGGAGGAUGAGGUGAGGGAGCUGGGGGAACUGAACAAAGGCAGGGAAAGAUGUGAAUGGCUUUGAGGACAGUAAGAAAAAUAAUGCAAAGGCAACUAGUGUCCAAGUGGCUGGGGGCACACUGUGACUCCCUCUCAAAGCAGAGGACAGUCCCCCUUCAGUGACUGGCGCAGAAGACAGUGGGUGGCUGGGCUGCCCAGAGGCCAAGUGGGUCGAUGCAGCCGUGCAUCCUCCCACACCAUCACCCAGUCUGCUCACCGAGAGCCGUUUUGGCAGCCCAGAGUGCCACGCUGGAGACAGAGAGGCCAUUCCCAGUCCUUGUUCCCUGCCCUCCCCUGGCUGAUCACUCAAAUCUGCCUCCAUCACCCAACAUGUCAUGUCCCUGCCUGGGUGUUCUGCUCUAGCAGAGCUAGACUCCCCAUGCCAUGUGUGUGCAGAGAGUACCCACUUCUGAAGAGUUCAGCCAACUCUGUUACAAGCUUUAAUAAUAAUAAAUUAUGAGGAGAAAUGGGAGGAUGCUCUGCUUUUAUAUUUAUAUGAAUAUGUACAUGUGUAUUUAUAUACAUAUAAAACAAAAAUUCUGUGCCCUAAUUCCUGGAUUUUCCAGGUCCAGGGAAAGGAAACUUUUGUUGAAAUGGUCUCUGCAAAAUGGACUUUUUUCUCAUUCCCUGGUUUCAGAGAAAGCAAGCAAGGUUUGUGGUGCCAGAUGUGAACUAUUUUUUUAUUCCUUUUCUUACCCAUCUUGGCUUAUUGGUGGUCACAAGCUGACCAAGAUUCUUCUUUGUACUGCUUUUGUUAAUUUUUAUUUUCUGAGUGAAUUUUGUCACCUCAGAUGCUUCGUGGGAAAAGCUACUGUGCUGUGUUGGCUUUUUUCUGUUGUGACAAGGGAGGAAAAAAAAAGGAAAAAUGUGAACAUGGAGCUUCAUAUGCUAGACAUGGUAAUUUUUGCUUGCUGGGUAGUUUGUGCAUCUUGGUGCUGAACUGGAAUUACCAGAUCACUGCCUCAGAUUGUCCAAGGGGUUUCAUUUGUUAUAGUAAUAUUCUUCCUAAAACUAUCUCUGCUUCAAUGUUGACUGAAGUUUGUUUGUUUGCAUUAGUCUAUUUUUAAAUUUAAAUUUAUUCUUAAUAAUUUAAACUGAUAUUUAAUGUUCAGAUUUAUGUGCUGUGCACAGAGGAUCGCUGCAAAGCAGCUCUCCCUGAAGCCCUUCUCUUUUCUAAAAUAAACAAUUCUGUGAAACUUCACACACAGGCUGAGUUGGCUGGGACUGAUGAGCGCAAACGCACAGGUGGGUGUCUGUGCUUGUGUACACAGCAGCCCACAUUCUCUCCUCUGGCUAAGCUGUGCUCAGUGUCAGCUUUUUGCUGCCUUUAGAAUUUUCUGCUUGUUAGAACUUCAGUCUCACACGUUUCUGCUGGCAGCACACUGUGAGAAUAUCCACCGGCAGGGAUAUCAUGGCUGGUGCAAAACAGCUCUGGCCAGGCCUUGUUUCCCUUGAAGUGACUUCUGUCCUGGGAGAAGGCAAGGUGGGCAUAAGGAUGCAAAGAGCAACCUGGAGGGAGGGCUGGAUUUUCUGGGGUCCCCACUCAUAUAUACUGUUUCAACAAGACGUAUUUUAAUGCUCAGAGUAAUUGUAUUGUAUAUGGGCAGAAAGAUUGCUGGAAAUGUUAUGUACAGUUUUUGUCUCCCUCUGAGAUUUCCUGAUCAUCUCGCAUUGCUUCAGUUUGCUUUCUCUCACAACCACUGGAAAAAGUCUCAUUCCUUCUAGAUAUACCCAGUCUUAAUUCUUUGAGCUUUUUUUUUUUUGACUGAAUCUUACUGUAGGCCAAGCUUACAGGAUGUUGCUCUUCCCAAAAUUUAAGGGUUUCAAUCUCUUCCUGACUUUCCUCUUUCUAAUGCACCAACUGUUAACAUAGAGACACAUACAGACUCAUACAUCUAAAUGCUCAUUAUUUACUUUAUAAGCCUGUAAAUAAUUAUAAGCCCAUACCUAUAGUGGGCUUUGUUUAUUAAGCUUUUGUUGCCAGUGCAUCCAGAUGCAUGCACAUGUGUCUGUAUGUAAACACAUAUGUGCACAUAUGUGUCUGUAUGUAAACACAUGCACAAAAAGGUGCUGUCCCAGCUUGUCCAAAUAAAGGUAGAAAUGUAGUCAGAAGUGGAUCUGAUACUCAGAGAGUUUUGUCUGCAGUGCUUUUUGAAAUCUGUCAUUGAUAAUGGUAAUAAUUACUCUGGGUGUAGAAAUAAAGGCUGUGCCCAUCCAUGGAAGAAACUUUUCCAUCCAGCCUCCCCUCUGUCCCAGAUGUGCAUCCCCAUGCACUUCCAAGGGCAGAUCAGUCUCCCCUCUGCAGUCCUGCCACGGGACGUGAUUUUCUGAGGCUUUUCUGACCUGUUCCAGUCAAGUGAACCCAAUUCAACCUUUUCCACUGUGAGUCUUGCUGAUCCAGCUCACUUGGACUGAAAUACAAGAGCCUCCAUCAGCAAAUCCAAUGGAGGCAGAAAGGGAGGAAUAUGCCACUGGCAGACAUUAUUCAGACUGAUAGCACCCACUGGUUCCCCUGGCCCAGCUGGAUCCAGGAGAGGAUGCUAGGCUGUGGCCUCAUUACUGCAAUGGCUGCUUUUACACCAGCAUCUCCCUUCUAGACUCCUGGCCAUGGUAUAGCUCAGCAAUAAGCACUUUUUUUUUUUUUUUUUUUUUUUUUUUUUUCCCUGGGAGAAAACUGUAAAAGGCUUAGCCUCUUUCUUUCUCUCUCUCUCUUUAUACAACCUUAAGAGACUUCUACUAAUUGUUGUGUUUAAUUCUUUGAAUUAGAACAUACCAUCUUGCAAGUUUUUAGUCCAUGAAGUGUCCUAGUGCCUUAGGCUAUUACAAAUAUUAUAGUUACAUUUUUAACCAUCAAGCUGCACAAUGCAAUGAGUGUCCAAGGCAUACCCCAGUGUACCUGUCACAGACAUAGUCAGCUCAUCUGGAGGCCCACUUCAAAAUCCAUCACAGAAUGGUCCAGGUUCAAAGGGACCUCUGGAGCCAAUCUAGUCCAACCACCCUGCUAAAGAAGGUUCACUUAGAGCAAGUUGCACAGGACCAUAUCCAUAGGGUUUUGUUGUUCAGUCCAUGAGAGAAGUGUCUGCCCAGCAAGGAGGAGGCAUAUCCCCACAUUUUGCAGAGCUGAACCCCACCUCUGCAGCUCCAGGACUCUGAAGAAGCCAAAUGGCCCUGAUAAAGAAUAUCAUGGGAAGUGUUACCCCAGUUCCUACACAGCCCCAGGACUCUGAAGAAGCCAAAUGGCCCUGAUGAAGAAUAUCAUGGGAAGUGUUACCCCAGUUCCUACACAGCCCCACAGCUUGCCUAUAUGGCAGAGGUGUGGAGAUGCUGCUCAAAGGGAGAUCUGGCUUCUGCUCCAACCCCUCAUGAAUUUUCACUUAUUUAAAAUCCAUUAACAUUUUCUAAGCAAGUUUUAACAGCAGAGAGCAUUUAUAAAACCUAACUAUUUCAGCAAAUGACAAGUGACACUCACAGACAUAUUGUUAUAUAUCUCUACAUUUGAAAAAGAAGUCUACCUGAGAAUAGGUUUUGUUUACUCUAGAAAAAAAUCUUCUUUGGCUCCCUGAGAGCCCAGGGUGUUGGGGAUAGCCCAAGCACAGAGAGCUGAGUGAAGCAUGUCAUGUGUGACAUCAUGCCAUGACAUCACAUGUCAGGUACCUCUUAUAAGGUACAGAUUGUGUGUUCCUGUACUUCAUCUAACCUUGGAUGUAAUACCGGGCUCUCUUUUCAGCCAGACCCUUUCAUCUCUCUCAACUCAACUGAGAGAGAUGAACCUCAGUCAAGUGUGCAAUUGCUGUGUGACUGUGAUACAAAUUUUGACAGGGCUUGGCCCAUCCCCUAAACCAUGGAUGGCACAAAGGUUUCUUAUGCUGCUGGUCUACUGAACUUACACCAGCAAGUGCUGACACUAAAAAUGGCAGGCAGUCACUUUCUCUUACUUCAGCUGCUCAUCUGUCAUUUCACACCUCCCUUAGCCAGGUCACCACGGGGCAAAGUAAAUGUUUGUGCAUCAGAACAAAUGGCUGGGGACAGCAGGAAGGCAACAGCACCAGUUUAGCCAUCAGUGUUGUCAACACAUUGGAAUAGCUACAAGUUCAGUGUCACCUCUGUCCCUCUGUUGCUGCAUUAGGCUGAGCAGAGCCCAGGUGUGGUUCAGAGUCAGGGCUAUAAAUGAUGUGAUGUUUGUACAGCAGCAGGUUCCCUGUGCACAGAGAGGGAGGACAAGUCCAGACUUCUGAAAACUGGCCACAAGUUCAUACAAACUCUCUGUAACCAGAAGGUGUAGGGCCACAGAUGGCAUGCCAUGGAGAAAUAAUGUUUAUUGUAUGUAUUUUUGUCACUACCUUAACAAAAGAGAGAGACAAACCCCAGGGUUUGUUUUUAAAUCAUCCAUUUUUGCAGAGGAAAUUCUUGCUUUUUGGGCAUGCUACAGCUUUCUUGAUCCCUAGAAGGAGUGAAGGAGUAAGGCAGUCAAACACAGAAGAUGCAGCAGAUUACUAUAGCAGAAAAUAUAUUGUAGCUUUCACUGGAAAAUUAUUUUCAGGUGUUUUGAAGCUCUUUCUUAGGAUGUGUGUAUCAGAAAUGCCAAAGCAAAUAUUUAGAAGCAAAGUUCCCUUGUUGAACAUCCAGAGAUGACACCUUUAAGCAAGAGCCACAUGAGCUCCACAUUCACAUAUCUGAAUCCUAAAAGACAGGCAAGCAGCACAACUCUUCAGAUAUUCCCUACAUUAAAAUAAUGUUAAUAAGAUGCUUUAGUAUAACACAUUAAAAAAGAAAAAAAGUAAUAUGUGCAACCCCAUUUUUCUUUUUCUCUUUUGAAGUAUACAUAAUUUUCCUUUAGAAGUGUAUAUUCUUACCUCCCAGCUGACCCUGAUCCUGAAACUUUGUGUUGCCUGAAAACACCGCAGCUAAGCUGCUUCUGGUACCUCAUGUCCUCUGUGAACACAGUCCCACACUCCUUUCUCUGUGUCUGUCCACAGCAGACACACACAAUUGUACACCCUCUCUUAUUCUGAAAGUUAGCAAAACCAUGAGAAUUUAAACUCAGAGGAUAAAAUGAAGUUAAAAGGAAGGUUCUCAGUGUGUACAGAACUAAAAUUUGUAUUCAGGUGAAGGAUGGAUUGAAGCCUGUGCAGAACAAAAAUGUUACAGAGUAAAGUUACAGCAAUUCUUACAGCCAAAUUUUAUCUAAACUCUCUUCAUAGAUCUUUGUAACAUAGACCUUGCAUUUCCAAGUGCAGCUGGGUGACAACACAUGUUUGUCAGCCAGCAUCUGAUCAUGCAUGUCAUCACAAGGCUUGCACAUGAAAGUAUUUUGCAGCCCGAAGUUUAAAGUCCAAAAUUAAGAUUUUGGCCCUUUUUGUCAUCCUGUAUUGUGUAAACCACGAUGUUCAGUGUUGAACUCUUCUACCACUACUUCUUGCUUUGGUAUACAUAAUUACAGAGUCAACUUGUGCUCCUUUAUGUCUCCUAAAUGGAUGUUAUGGACACAUUUCUCAGAGAUGCUUUAGCCUGAAGGGAAAUGAGGAAAAUGCAUGCCCUCUUUGAUGAAGGUGAAUUUUGAAAGGAGAGGCUUCAUUCACUUGAAGUGCAGAAAAUGAAAAACAGUUGCUCAAGAUUGUUUCUGUUUUUCUACUCAGAGCCAAAUCUUGCUGCCUUCAUUCCUGUGUCAAUUCCUUAAUCCAUAUGCACCUUCAGUGACUCUGGUGAGAGAGCUCAGAGUCGUCCUCUUUCCUGUUGCAGUAGUGGAGUCUGGCCAUUAGGUGAUGAUGUGUGUAAGGAGUUUACUCGGGUAGUACUAAAUUGAAUUUAUGUAGUAAAAUAUGAACCAUGAUCUAGCACUUUGUUUACAGGCUCCAUAUUCAUGUUUACAAAAUGAUGAUUUUUGAGGCUCAUGCUUUUUAUGUUUCCUGUAUGAAAAGGGCAGCCAGUGUACAGAUAUUUGUUAUGUUUACCAGCGUUUCUGAAUAGAUUUUUUUUAUAGUACAUGGUUUUAUGAAGUGUAAUAUUUUUAUAGCAGAAUGACGAUCUUUGGACUUUCUAUAUUGUUACCUACAAUUGUUUGCAAACAAGCUCUUUGCUCAUUUUUUUUCUCUGCACUGUAUCCCAUGUUGCUGCUGCUAAUGUUGCUGGCCUCAGCUGCUGCUGCCCCACCGUGACGUGGGCUGAUGGUAUUGUGAAACUGUGCAAACUAACUUCAAAGAGCUGUGAUUGUGCUGAAGGGCUGGCUGCAUGCUGGGUUCCUCCUGGCAGGAGGGAUGGGGAGCUGAACCCUACCAAGGCAAGAGUUUACUGUGGAUGGUCCCCAAGGAGAAGCCUCAGUGCUCACCUUUGUCUGUAUUCUGCCAUUUUAGUUUGGCAUGCCCAUCCUUUCCUUUCUUUAUAAAGAAAUAAAAAGAGAAACAAAAA